AUGUCUGCAACGCCAGCAACGGAAGAGGCUACCGUAUCACGGACGUUGAUCAUUGAUACAAUAACUCCGUACCCUACAUCACAAAAACCGAUUGUAGCAGCGAACUAUAGCUUCCCGGGUCCAUUAAUCGAAGCAUACGAAGGCGAUACUCUAAUAAUUCGUGUAAUUAAUAAACUUGCACAGCCGACGACCGUUCAUUGGCAUGGAAUGUCUCAAAACGGUACACAGGACAUGGACGGUGCGGUGGGCGCGACGCAAUGUCCUAUUCCUUCCAAAGCUGAAAUGAUAUACACAUUUAAAGCUUCACCUGCAGGUACUGCAUGGUACCAUGGUCACCAUUUGGAUCAAUAUGCAGACGGUCUAAUUGGCCCAUUGAUUAUUCGUCGACAAGUAGAACCGAAUCAGGAGUAUUACGAUACUGAGCGCAUACUAAUGGUAGCUGAUUGGUACAAUGAUCUUGCACGAACAAAAUUAUUAUCAUGGUAUUUAAGCGCAAGCAAUCCAAAAGGCAUUGAACCCAUACCUGACGCUAUCGUUGUGAAUGGUAAAUUUUCUCAGUCGUUGUUCGUGCAAACCAACGGUGCAACACGUAUCCGUUUUAGAAUCAUUAAUGCAGCCGCAUUUUCCAUGUAUACUUUUUCAAUCGAUGGAUUACCAUUACAUAUUAUUGAACUUGAUCAAACGCCUGUAAUGCCAUACAUAGUGUCUUCUUUUGUCAUCAACGCUGCUCAACGGGUUUCUUUCUAUGUGAAUAUGAAUGAAUUUGACCAAAACUUUGUACCCGCCGAAGUAGCACCGACAAAAUCAAUUUACAUACGAUUUCAAGCUAUGCCAGACAUGUACCCAGCUGAUAUUAGCAGCUAUAUUCCUCCAUAUGCAACUCCACGUUAUCCGUAUCCAACAUUUUUCAACCCAUUGUACCUGGCUAUUUUAUCACUCAAUUCACAGAAUUCCAUACCUACAUAUCCAGUCAAUCAAGAACAAUCAAGUCAUCCAAGUUCAGGAGAUCCAGAAGAUGUCAAUAUCUUACGUGCUCGACCAUUCUAUCAAGCAAAAAAUAUAGUUCCGGAUGCAACACAUUAUCUAAAACUUGUCAUCACAUUUGCUCCAGAUUCCUCUAACAUCACUCGUGGAUAUUUUAACAAUGUCACGUACGGCCCUCCUGCGAAUAAUGUUACCACUAAAACGCUUAAUAAAAAAUGCGUAACAUCGAAUGCGUUACCACUGCUGUAUCAGAUGGCAACGACGCCAAAUGGACUCGGCAUUCCAUCUCCAAUCAUGACAAGCGGAAGUUCCUUACCAGUUAUACAGAGUGACGGAAAUGGACACUACUUAAUUCCAUAUGGAGCCGUUGUCGACAUCUUUUUGGAGAACAGAGAUGCGGGUGAACAUCCAUUUCAUUCUCAUGGUUAUAACUUUUGGAUCAUAUCAACUUCGGAAAAUCCUCAAGCGGAAGAAUUGUAUCGUGGAGCAUACCUACAACGAGACGUGGUGAGCGUACCAAGUCUCGGUUGGGCCAAGAUCCGACUUUUAGCCAAUAAUCCAGGUGCUUGGCUCUUCCAUUGUCACAUUGAAUGGCAUAUGGAUGCAGGACUCGUUAUAGCUUUUAUAGUUGGUCCCAAUGAAUUGCUAGCACAAGGCUAUACGAUUAAACCUACUCACAAGCGGCUCUGCUGA